AUGGAGACCAACCCGAUAACAACGAUACCCAACCUCGCGCCUCUCAAACUCCCCUCUGCCUCGCAAACCGCUGAUCUCCAACAUUUGCAUACGUUAAUGCACCUUCUGCAUCAUCGAAAUCACAACCAACAUCGCCGGAGUACUUGGUAUCGCCACUUCAACAUCUUUCGCCGACAUGUAGGCACUGUGCUCGAACACUUGAAAACACUCGCUCAUGUACCCACCACCAACCUUGCGCGACACAAGAAGAAGGCAGAAGAUGAGGCGUUGCGACUAAGGAUACAGCAAACCGUGUCUUUCUGGCGAGAUGUGCUGGUACCGAAAGCACAACAUGCUUUUGGGCAACUUAUCGCCGAUGGGCGUUUUGCAGUGUUGGGCGUGGUGUUGAUGGCAAUCCUAGGUCACGUAUGCAGGGUAUUUGGUCUAAUCUCUGUCUACGAGGAGCUAGGGGAGGAAGAAACAAUAAAAGCCAUCGAAGUGUUUGCUGCAGAGGGAUGGGCCGAAGACGAAGGUCUGGGUGUCCUUGUGCCGCGAGAAGGAGAGAAGAGAGAAGAUCUCGGUGAAGUCUUGACAAGAGAUGACAGCGAAGACGAGGAAGACAUGACGGCUACAAAGGCCAAAGCCAUGGAGAAAGAGCUGAGGAAGAAUGAGAGUGGUUGCCUGGCUCCUGAACGCGAUAUGCUGGAACAGAGUCGCAAGGCACUGAAAGCCAUGGCUACUGGCAGCACACCCAUCACAUCUUCUCGAGAGUCCAGCAUGCCUCUACCAACAAAGACAAAGGCUAGCAAGAAACUCAAACCCACAGAAACCGACAGCAAAUCAAAGGCCGCCAAGGUCCUGCCUGCUGUCAACUGGGACGACAACUCAACAGCUCCACUACCUAAAACCUCGUCAAAAGCCACAUCAAACUCUUCGAAGCCAGAUAUUUCGGUGUCGUCGGCGAGCUCGAAGCUCAAAAAGAAGAGACCGAAGCAAGAGGAAGAUGAAACCCCGCCAGUGCUGCAAAGGCUGUCAAGAAGAAGAAAAAGAAGAACGCCAUCGACGAUCUGUUUGCUGGGCUGUAGAGGUAGAAUUGUACAAAGAAACCACUCUAUAGGCUUUGAAAACAUUGCUCACAGCGUGCAUAAUACAGAAAGACCUUGA